GGAAACACAAUGUAAAUAAAUGGCGAGUUUUUUGAAUAUUAGUUCGUAGAAGAAGAGGUUUAAUAUUUAUCGAAGUCGUUCAAGCAUCGGAUUGGCGAUGUUAGGUGUAAGAUAUUUCCAGUUGACAUUAGCAAUUUUAAAACCAGACUUGAUCUCGCAUCCUGUUCAUCUGAAGCUUGUUAUGGAAAAAAUACUGAAAGAAAAUUUCUUCAUUGUGCAUUGGAAACUAGUGCAAUGGAGUAGAGAAGAUGCCGAACGAUUCUAUCAAGAACACAGAGACAAGUUUUUCUUUCAACGUUUGACAUCGUACAUGAGCAGUGAUUUGAUAAUGCCAAUGGUAAUGGCUAGAGUUGAUGCUAUUCAACAUUGGAGAAAAUUGAUGGGACCAACGAAAGCGACAAUGGCAAAGUUCUCUCAUCCUGACAGCAUUCGUGGAUUAUUUGAUUGUCUAGCUUAGUGGAGACCUCGGAGAAAGACUGUUGGUGUUGAUGUUGACUGGCAUUUUGACAUCCUUAGCAGUAAUCAUCUUCAAAGUCCGUCAACUCAGGACUCCACUCAGUGGGGUGGUGAAACUUCAAAAGAACAACAAAUGGACAGCAUUUAAGGGGCCUGGGGUUAAAACCAUAAGAAAAUUGCUAUACUUACUGUGCAACUCUUCAUCAGAAAUUGCUUUAAUGAACUGUUGUGUAUUUAAUAUUUUUUAUUACUUUUAUUCAAUGUGUAUGGAAAAAAAUUCAAAAUGGACAAAUUAUUUAUGAUGAAGUAUCAAAAACACACAAAGUUCUCGAGUGACUUGAUGUUUAAUGUAAAAGAUUAUUUUGUGAUGGUAUUGAUGAUUUUAUGGACAAAUGUGGAUAUUUUAUCAGUAAAUGGAUGACAGAAAAGCUCAAAGUAAACUCAGACUUAGAUCUAAAUUGGAACACAUGUUGUGGUAAGCUAACACUUGUUUCCAAAGUCUGUCAUGCAAUUCCAUUUAUCACGUGUUUGCCAUGGAUUAGACAUUGUAAACCACGUGACAAGUGCAGAUAUAAUGAACACAGCAAGUAAAGGAAGCCAGACACAUACUAUUAAACGACAAACAAAGAUCGAGAAGAAACGUUCAAACAAAUUUCAACGAAAGCGUACCAAGCCUUUUUGAGGUACGACAAUGAAGAUUCUGACAGCUGCGUUAUUUCUUGUGUUUUUGUUUGUCGCCAUAGAUGCUCGACAUUAUAUUUUACACAACGAGGCUAGCUUUGAAGGAGAAGGCGAACAAAUAAGAUUUUGUAGAUGCAAGAAUGGCCGUACUGGAACUUGUUUUUCCAAGUGCCCGAUUUAUCUACGUCCCUGCGGAAGUUGCGGGUUUGAUGUUUGCUGUAAUUGAUGCUCUUGUGUGCUGCAGUGUUUGCCUUGGUGUUUUACCUCUAUUGCUGAAACAUAUAUGUAGUUUCUAGAUGUACUGAUAUUUUAAUUUCAAAUAAAUAACAGCUCAUUCA